AGAGACCACGUUCGCUUUCCGGUCAAACUCCAAAGGAAAACUGCUCCCAAAUCUGAAAAUCGAAACUUGUCGGAUCGUACGGAGCAGUCAGCCUAGAAUCAGGAAUCCGACUGACCAUCUCACCGCCAUCCCUCUUGUACUCUCUCUUACCUUGAUCCCGAUCCAAGUUCAUGCACGAGAGAUGUCGCCGCAUUCAAGCUCACUCGUUCUCUUCCUCCUCGUUCUCGCGCUCGCGCCGUUCUGGCGAGUCUUGAUUCCGGUCGAUUCAAGAACUCAUCCCGGAGACGUUCGAGUCCUCCAAGCUUUCAAGGCCGCGAUCGACCCGAAGUCCGUAUCUCCCGGAUCCUGCGUGAGCUCCUGGGACUUCUCCGUCGACCCUUGCGACCGCGUCUUCAGCGACCGCUUCACCUGCGGCCUCCGUUGCGACCUCACCGUCUCCAACUCCUCCCGCGUCACCGAGAUCGCCCUCGACUCCGCCGGCUACUCCGGCUCCCUCUCCUCCGUCCCCUGGGACGGCGGCGUGCCUUACCUCGAGACCCUCGACGUCUCCUACAACGCGUUCGCCGGCUCCCUCCCCGGCUCCCUCGCCCGCCUGACUAGCCUCCGCCGGCUCCGGCUGUCCCGGAACUCGCUCUCUGGCCAGCUCCCCGCCUCGCUCGGCUCGCUCGCCGCCCUCGAGGAGCUCAGCCUCGACGGCAACAACUUCCGCGGGGGCAUACCGUCGAGCUUCAACCGUCUGGCGAGCUUGAAAAGGCUCGAGCUCCAAGGGAACAACCUCUCGGGCGAGCUGCUGUCCGAUCUGGGCUCGCUCGAGAGCCUGCAUUUCCUCGACGCGAGCGACAACCGCUUCUCCGGCGGAGUCCCGGCGGCUCUCCCUGCGUCGCUGGUGGAGCUCUCGCUCAGGAACAACCGCCUGCGAGGAGACCUCCCGGAAAUCGUCGGCGGAGCGGCGAGGCUCCUGCAGGUGCUGGAUCUGAGCCGGAACGAGCUGACCGGUGCUGUGCCGGCGGCCCUAUUCGAGCACCCGUCCCUUGGGCAGCUCACGCUUUCGCAUAACAACUUCACGUCCUUGCACGCGCCGCCCUCGGCGGGUGCGAACAGCAGGCUGGUGGCCGUGGACCUGAGCUACAACAAUCUCCGGGGGCUAUUGCCGGGGUUCAUGGCGGCAAUGCCGAGGCUGUCGGCGCUGUCCCUGGAGCACAACAUGUUCACGGGGAUGAUACCGUCGCAGUACGCGCUCAGGGUGAGGGAGGCCGCCGCCGGCGGGACGACGGCGAUCGGGAGGCUGCUGCUGGGCGGGAACUACUUGUUCGGGCCUAUACCGGGCCCGCUGGUGGGCCUGAGGCCCGGGUCGGCGAACGUGAGCCUGGUGGACAACUGCCUGUACCGGUGCCCCGACGAGUUCUUCUUCUGCCGGGGCGGCGAUCAGAAGUCCCCGGCGGAUUGUAAGAGCUUUAGCCCCACCAUUCCUUAGACAAAAAUCAGAGUCUGAUAAAAGAUUGAAUUGGUAGAUUUGGGUUCAUAAGUUGGUGUAUUCGAUCGGGGAUAGUUCAUACGGCUUAUAUUUUGCAAUAUCCUGGUUGAUGGGUUGAUAUGCAACGGUCACCGACAUGUCAGACACGGCACGUGAGCCCGAUCCGGAGUGACAAGCACGUGCGUUCUUGCUCGUAGAUAAUUAUUGUCCUCUCUGAUGGAUCUUAUCAAAGAUAUACGUAUUUUUAAGACGGCGUCGUAUCUACUCAUGGAAACUCGAGAACGCAUUAUUAUAAUUAUUGUUGUUGUUAA